ACCAUAUGCCUCUCUCCAUGGCUCGCUGGCUGCCCAGCUUUCUGGCGCUCCGCCCAACCACCCCGACGGCCCGACGUGCAACAGCAGUGGCAAGACUCCAGCAAGGCGGCGAGCAACCAGACCUUCGGCGAAGCGGCUCCGCACCUAGGGCCCCUCCGAGACUGGCGUCAUCCAGUGAACUGCAGAUCCGUGUAUCUAGGUCGAUUUGGCUCUUCUUCUGUUGGCUACUUUUCAGAUUGUCUUAUAACAAUUUCACUACAGCUGGAUAUAUGUCGUUAUCUGAAUAUGUGGAGCAAAGCGCGCCAAUCGGCCUAGUACAUGUUGGCUACUGGACCAAACCAUGCACUGAAUCUUUUGCUGAUCAGUAGGUGGCAAUACAGGCCAUGGGUGCCCCUGAUUGACGACUAGUCAUGGACAUCUCUCACAAAAUCUUUGACUAACGCUGUUAUAACAUUUACACUUAUAUUACUAUUUUUCAGAUUUCCUUGAAUGGGUCUUGGAGGAUAGACUGUAAAGAAAAGGUGAAAACAGAGAGUCGAAAACCAUAUACUUGUAUUGUAGUUGUGCUACCACUAGUUCACCAUUGGCUUUAAUCUAGUAAUGCCAUAGGAAAACAACUAGAUCUUGCAUUUUGCAAGCUAGUAGGAUACUGGCCGUGAUUUAUCUGGUAGCAUACAUACUGUAAUGUUUGGUACUUUCAUUGCACAGUGCCACACACAUAAUACAAUCGUAUCAUAUAUAGAGAACUGAAAC